GUUUUUGUGCAAUUAGAAGGCAGACGGACCGCAUUAAUUUGUCUAGGGGACUGGACGUCGAACAGAAAGGACUUCAUCAGGAUAAAUGACCCCACUGAAUUAUGUGAAAGGCUAGAAUACAAAGUAAUUAAUAAAGAGGAGAAGAUAACAUACCCUCAAUUAGAACAGAAUCAACUGAGGGAAGAAGAAAGGACAGCGCAAAUCGAUACGCCAGGAAAAAUAGACACUGGUAACUAUGGCUAA